AUGCUUUUUUCUCCAUCGGUUUUCGGCGCUCUUCUAUUGAGUCCAGGUGUAUUCCUUCCUACUCUCUUGUCUCCAGCUCUCUUGAGUCCGGCAAUUUUAUCACCAUUUGCACUUUCUCCUAUUGUCCUUUCCCCGUUGGUUGUCAGUCCUGGAAUUCUAAGUCCUGCUGCACUGGCACCGUCCAUCUUAUCGCCCAAUGCGUUAUCACCAGGUAUUGUAUCACCAUCUGUACUUUCACCAGCUAUUAUGAGCCCAUUUGUUUUAAAUCCUUCUAUCUUCUCACCAUCGAUCCUUACUGCUCUAAUCGCGAGCCCAUUUGCCUUGUCGCCCUCUUUUUUCUCGCCAUCUUACAUCACUGCAGUGAUCUUUUCACCUUACGCAUUCUCGCCGCUCUUUAAUUCAACCGGUAACUUAGUCACUUUACUAUUUUCACCCAGU